AUGCUUUCCUCCACGCGAUCCGCGGCUUCAAUGGCCCUCCGAGCCAAGCCUACGACUGCCGUUAUUCCCUUCCGAACCGCUGCUGCCGCCUUCACGACCAACUCUCGCCGCGAUGCGAGCGCCCUCCAGACUCAAUCAGCCACUGGUGUAGGCAAGGUUCGCCGAGAGGUGCCUCUGCCCAGCGAGAUUCCUCCCAAGGGCGCUCUCCAAUACGCUCUUACCACACUUGAUGCUGUUACCAACUGGGCUCGCCAGUCCUCCCUCUGGCCUAUGACCUUCGGUCUGGCCUGCUGUGCCGUCGAAAUGAUGCAUCUCUCCACACCACGUUACGAUCAGGAUCGUCUCGGUAUCAUUUUCCGUGCCUCACCCCGACAGUCCGAUGUUAUGAUUGUUGCAGGCACUCUUACCAACAAGAUGGCUCCUGCUCUGCGACAGGUCUACGAUCAAAUGCCUGAGCCUCGCUGGGUCAUUUCCAUGGGUUCUUGUGCCAACGGUGGUGGUUACUAUCACUACAGCUACGCCGUUGUCCGAGGCUGUGAUAGAGUCGUCCCUGUUGACGUGUUCGUCCCGGGCUGCCCUCCUACAAGUGAGGCUCUCAUGUACGGAAUCUUCCAGUUACAGCGAAAGAUGAGACAGACCCGUAUCACGAGACAAUGGAUUAGGAAGUAA